CGGGGUGGGGUUAAAGACAGCCAGUCCCCUCGCCGUUCUCCCGCCCUGGGCUUCCCAAGGUCACCGGGACAUGGACUCUCAGACACCAGACCGCAGUUCUGGGGUGCCGGGAUCCGCGCGAAGCAGUCCCCUGCGGCAGAUCCUCUCGGAAGCGCUCCACGGCCGCGCGAGGGCGCAAGGGGCCGCUGCCUCUCUGGACCCCGACCUGGGCGCGCCCUGGGAGGCCGGGUGGAAGGAGCCUCCCUGGGAUCCCCCCGCCCCUCCCCACGGGCACCGCAGCUUCGUCUCGCCCUGGGGCCGACCAGAGAGCCGGGUCGCACCGCCAGAGCUCUAAGUCGCCGGUCUCAGUGUCCUGGACUGACCCCAGAUGAUUCCCACUGCACAGAUGGGGCAACUGAGGCCUGGGGAAGCGGAGUGGCUGGCCCCUGGCCACACAGGAAGACCCCUCCCCCUAUGGAAACUCCUGCUCCUGCUGUGGACCCUCCUGAACUGUGGUUUGGGGAGCAGUGCUCAGUAGGGGCCGGGAGAGUGGACACUAUGGGGUUCCUGGAGCCGCUGUUCCAGCUCCUGUGGGCGGGGGCUCUCCGUACGCAGCCGGCGCUGCAUCCGGACUGUCCCCCAGGGGCCAUGGCCUUCCGAGACAUCCAGUGUGCCCUCUACAAUGGCCAGCCUGUCCUCAGCCUCCAGAAGACUUACCAAUGGGUACCCUUCUAUGGCGCGCCCAACCAGUGUGACCUCAACUGCCUGGCCCUGGGGCAUGCCUUCUACCAUAGCUUUGGCCGCGUCCUGGAUGGCACUCCCUGCAGCCCGGGUAGCCAGGGACUCUGCGUUGGGGGACGCUGCCUAAGUGCCGGCUGUGAUGGUUUGAUGGGUUCAGACGCCCGCGAGGACCACUGUGGACGCUGUGGCGGCGCCAACGACUCGUGCCUCUUCGUGCAGCGCGUGUUUCGUGACGCCGGAGCCUAUGCCGGGUACUGGAAUGUGACCCUGAUCCCAGAGGGCGCCAGACACAUCUACGCCGCCCAUCGGAGCCGCAACUACUUGGCGCUGAUUGGGGGCGACGGGCGCUACGUGCUCAACGGCAAGUGGGAGAUCAGCCCACCCGGGACCUACGACGUGGCAGGCACCCAUGUGGUCUACACCCGCGCCACAGGGCCAGAGGAGACGCUGCGUGCGGCGGGACCCACCACCCAAGACCUGCUUCUGCAGGUCCUCCUGCAGGAGCCCAAUCCCGGCAUUGAGUUCGAGUUCUGGCUCCCUCGGGAACUCUAUGGCCCCUUCCAGGAGCAGACACAGGCCCUGAGCUUGUCCCUGAGGCAGCCACAGCCUCUGGAGGUGGAACCCCAGUCUUCUGAGCCCAACGAAGCCCCGGCUUUCCCCACACGGACCCCAAACCCCACCCCAGAUCCCUGCCCAACCUGUCCCGACACCCGCGGUCGUGCCCACCGGUUGCUCCACUAUUGCGGCAGUGACUUUGUGUUCCGAGCUCGAGUGCUGGGCCACCUCCACCAGGCCCAGGAGACCCGCUAUGAGGUGCAUGUGCAACUUGUCUACAAGAACCGCUCACCACUGCAGGCCCUUGAGUAUGUAUGGGCACCAGGUCGCUGCCCCUGCCCACCAAUGUCCCUCCAUCGAGAGUACCUGCUGGCUGCCCAGCGCCUCGUCAGUCCCGAUGGCACUCAGGACCGGCUGCUGCUGCCCCACGCAGGCUAUGCCCGGCCCUGGAGCCCCGCCGAGGACAGCCGUGUACGCCUGGCUGCUAGACACUGCCCUGUCUGAGCCGCUAGACAAGGUCUCACCACACACAGCAAGGAAGUUGUACCUGGCCAGGCUCAAACUCAGCUUAUUUCCCCUCUUUCCCUGGCUUCCAGGGAGCUCAGAAAUAUCUCCCACCACAACUCUGUGACUCUCCAUCAUAUAUACUUAUACACCUUCACAUGCAGUUAGAUCCACUGUUGUGAGUAGGCAGACAAUGAUGAAAACACAUUGAGUUGCUUCUUUAACUCUUAUUUCCUCUCUCAUCAUGGCUUUCAGGAAACUCAUAGCUAUCUUAUACUCAAGAACUUUAUGUCUGCUUUUAUUCCCCUUGCCUCACAUUCAUUUGCUUAGAGAAGCUCUCAUAAGCAAGCAGGGCCCAGAAGACAUGCCUAAGCAGACACUGUGAUGUACCAGCUUCCCUCCUUGCUUUGUCUGCCAGGAAAGUCAUCACUGUAUAACUCCCUGACACUCUACUCUCUCUCCUCACUGCCAUUUGCCCACACACGCUAAUAUGCUCCGAGACAUUGUCACAGACAUGCCCCCUGGAAGACAUGCCUAACCGGGCACUGUACUGUACUAAUUUCCCCCUAUGUGCUGAGUACCAGGAAGUUCAAAGAUAACCUAUUUUUUUUCUUUCAAUUUUAUUUUGUAUUGAUUUCAGGUGCACAGCUUAGUGGUUAGACAUCACAUACUUUAUAAAGUGUUCCUAUCCGUAUUUCCAGUACUCAACUGGCACCAUACAUAGUUAUCACAAUAUUAUUGACUAUAUUCCCUAUGCUUUACUUUAUAUGCCCAUGACUAUUUAUUAAGAGAUGAUCUUGACAGCCUCA